AGGCAAAGCGGGCCCAGUCCCCAUAAACCGAACACGAACGCGAGAGCGAGAGCGAGAGCGAUAAGCUGUGCACCAUAAGCACAACGUAGGCCGGAGAUAUAAGACUCAUCUCCGGCUUACUCCCCGGACUGUGGAUUUUUAAAUAGCUGCGCCAUCUCUCUGUGGGUUGAUACCAGCACACGCCGCUCGUUCCUCACCAUGUCCACCGCAAACUGUACCUCUGUGACCCCAGAAUGCCCCGUCUCCGCAACAACAUACGCCUACGUGCCUAAUCUCGGCGCAAACGCUUUCUUUGCGGCCUUAUUCGGCGUUUGCGGGGUCUACCACCUUGUUGUCGGCGUCAAGUCGCGAGGAUGGACCUUCAUGAUUGCGCUCGCCCUCGGUGCCCUAAUGGAAAUGGUUGGCUACAUCGGCCGUAUACUAAUGCACGAUAAUGUCUGGGACAGCAACGCCUUUCGCCAACAAAUCGUCUGUCUGAUCCUCGCCCCCUCCCUUAUCGCCGCAGGCAUCUACUGGUCCUUAAAACACAUCGUCCUCUACCUCGGCCCUGAGCACUCACGCCUCCGACCCAACCUAUACCCGUGGAUCUUUAUCGGAUGCGAUGUCGGGUCGAUCUUCCUACAAGCAGCCGGCGGUGGUGUCGCCAGCGCAGGCGACGACAAUCCCGACCGAGUCAAUGCCGGAAACAACAUCAUGAUCGCUGGAAUCGCGUUCCAGGUCGGGACGAUGGGGAUAUGCGGGAUUCUCGGACUCGACUUCGUCUGGAGGGUAUACAAGUCGCGCAAGGCCGCAGGGGGAGAGAAGCCGCCCGUCAAGGAUGGAAACAAGUUCUACCUUUUCUGUGCGGCUGAGGUGUUCGCUUAUGUUACCGUGCUCAUUCGGUGUAUCUAUCGGUUGCCCGAGAUGGCUGGUGGAUGGGGAAAUGAACUCAUGCAGAAUGAGUUGGAGUUUCUGAUUCUGGAUGGGAUGAUGGUUGCGUUGGCUGUUGUCGCGCUCUCGGUCUUCCACCCUUAUUGGUUGUGCCCGUCGAUUUUGAAAUGAGUAUGAGUAUGGCUUGAAAACGCGGCAGAUCGGUUUAUAUAAACGAGAUAGAUAUUGGUUCCCUCUUUGACCUCUAAGGAUUUAGCGAUGGCUGGAAUUUUCUUGAUGACUAGAUGAUGAGUUAGAUAGCCUUGUCAAAGAACGAUAUUACAAGCAUGAAAACUGGUCUAGGAUUCUUUCGAGUAACUGUGCUACUUGAUCCAGGUUCGAGCAGUCCAUCUAUCAAGAUAAAUAGAAACGAACCACUUUCCCUGAGAAAUGGCCUUGACCACCGCUGCUCCUCCCUGA